AUGGAUAAUGCUAGCUAUGCCUACAAUGAACACAAAUUUAAUAUUGCAAUGAAUGAUCUUAGAGCUGAAAGUGAGGAAGCUUGGGAGUGGCUUACUGCAAUACCAAAAAAAACAUGGGCAAGGCAUGCAUUUGACACAAACUGCAAGACUGACUUGGUAGUGAACAACUUGUCUGAGGUGUUCAACAAGUAUAUUCUAGAUGUUAGGAGAAAACCUAUAAGGACAAUGUGUGAUGGGAUAAAAGAUAAGCAGAUGGUGAGGUGGCAUAGGAACAGAGAGAGUGUAAAGGUAGCAAGAUGGGAUAUAACACCUCAUUACAGUGAGAAGCUGGAGGUUGAGAAGGAGAGGGCCAGAUAUUGCAAGCCAAUACAGGUAGGGGUCAACUUAUGGCAAGUUACAAGUGGGCAGCAAACACAUGCUGUCAACCUGGAACUUGAGACUUGUGGAUGCAGGAAGUGGGACCUUAGUGGCAUACCUUGCAACCAUGCCAUCUCUGCAAUAAACAAGGCUAAAAGGAAAUCAGAGGAUUAUGUCAGCAAAUUCUUCAAGAAAGAUUUUUAUGCUGCAGCUUAUGAACCAAUGAUCUUUCCUGUGCCUGGUGAGAGCAUGAUUGGACAAGGACCCCUGGUCCAGACAUAG